AUGCCGACUGUACUGCUUUUAGAUACUUCCCUUUCCAUGAGUAGACCUGUUCCUUCUUCAGACUCAUCUGAAAAUCAUACACGGCUCACUAUAGCUUCAGCAGCAAUCAAUACAUUUUUGGAUUACUUGUCUGUGCAUGCGAAAUUAGAAUAUGUAUCUUUGGUAACUUUUUCAUCGAGUUACGAAGUUAGUAUUCCUUUCACUCGAGAAUAUGAUAACAUCAGAGCAAAGCUGCCCCUGCUGGAGGAAGGUGACAAAACAUGUAUUGAAGCAGCUCUUCUUGGUGUCAAUCAGUUAAUAUUGAAUGAGUGGGGCUAUCAAACACCUGUACAGAUAGUUCUGGUGACAGAUGGAACAUUUGGUGCUGGUCCCAUUAGAAGAAAUCAAAUUAUUCAAGCUCUGCCUUUACCACCCACAUUUCCAGUUAGGAUAAGCAUUCUGCCCAUUGUCACUCCAAAUGAUCACUCCUUACAACAAGCUAUGCCCCUUUAUCAGAAGAUUAUAGACCUGGCGAGCAAUCAAAACUGUUCUAUGGGUAAUAUAUUGAGAGGUGCAAUAUACUGUCCGGACCAGCUGAAUGUACCUGGAGCAAUAACAGCUAUGUCCCGAUUAUGCGAGCAACAGUACCAAGAGUUUUGGUGUUCGCUGAAGUGCGGUCAGUUGGAGGCACGCGUGCAGUUGUUCCCAGCACCGCAGCCGGCAUCUCAUGAAGGUCUAUCUGCUACGUACACAAUCUCCCAUCAAUUGCACGUUAUCGGGUUUUUGUCGCAACAGGAUUUAGGUACCCCUAUAGCAUUAAGUAAACAUUUGAUUAUACCUCAAGCUCAAUCCAAUAAUAGUAAUAACAACCGAGAGAAUUUUGGAUCUAAGACUCCUACCAAGGAAGGAUCCAGUACAGAUGGCUCCACUGACGAGGAUAAUAUUUCGGAUCCAAGUAAAGUUCCCAAUUUCUGUGUGUUACUACAUGGUGCUCUAAAGGUUGAAGGUAUGGCAGCGGUGGUGCAACUUGGCUCCGACUGGUGGGGUACAGUGUCAGCUUGGUGUGAAGCGUCCCGGGCAAGGCGAUCGUGUCUACUACUGAGUGUUCUGAGGCCGGGAGCUUCUGCAGCACCUUGGCUGGGUGCUCUCGAUCAGCUUGGGCCUAUUGAUGAAACGGCUACCAACCCCGAGACAUUUCCCGUGCGUUCCUGGCGGUCAUACAGCGGAGGCGGAUCUGGGUGCGCAUGGGCAAGACCGCACGCACUUCUCGCUGAUGUACAGAAAGUACUUCGGCACGCGAGGAAACUUCCUGAUAAAACGCAACAUUUGUACAAGGAGCUGAACCGGCUGCGUCGUGCUGCAAUAUCUCUAGGGUUUUCCGAGCUGCUGACGUGUGUGGGCAGCGCUUUAGAACGUGAAUGCGCCGCGUUGGGGGGAUCCGCCCCGCCUGAGUGCUCGCUGCAGUUGGCACACGCUGCUGCCGCAUUAAGGGACCCGCGAACAGCACUCGAUAUCAAACACACGUUACAACCCCUAGCGCCAGAAUUCACUGUUGCUUCUAUGUCGCAUUAA